AUGAAGCAGGGGUUCACAUUACUGACCAUUUGUAUUAGGCACGGUGCCAGCGUGGAAGAGAUGACUAUCGAAGUCAACAAGAAAAGGGCCGAAUUGAACAGCGCCGAGAAAGAAAUAAAGCAGUUGACGGCACUCAACAAGGUUCUCAAGGCGUCUCUUGUUAUUCGGCUGGCGAAGUGGCACGAGUUCCGUCGGCAUAUCGCUCUACGCUGCAAAGUCGUCUUCCAGUAUCACUUAUCGAACCGCGGGUACUACGGGAAAGUAUUGUUUGACCACCAGAAUGGCACUCUCCAACUAAAGGUUCAAACCGACGAUCAAGCAGGCACGCAGACGAGAGACAAAGACCCUCGCUCACUCAGUGGAGGAGAGAAGUCGUUCUCGACCAUCUGCUUGCUUCUGUCACUCUGGGAGGCUAUUGGCUGUCCUAUCAGAUGUCUUGACGAGUUCGAUGUAUUCAUGGACGCCGUCAACCGUAGGAUCAGUAUGAAGAUGAUGAUCGACACCGCGAACUCGUCAGAUGGCAAACAAUACAUUCUCAUCACACCUCAGGAUAUGAACAACGUCGCGGUCACCAAUACGGUCCGCGUACACCGAAUGUCUGAUCCGGAGCGUGGUCAGGGUGUCUUGGCCUUCAGCUAG